AUGGGCUGGCGAAACACAAGCGCUUCCACCCCAAGUCCUCCCAGACACGAACCGGAGUCCUCACAUAACACACCGACCGUGCCGCAUUUAGAGUUGGAAAAUGAGGUUAAAGAGAGAGUCUCGCCAGAAGAUGAUGCAGAGCCCACGGAUACUACACCAAAGGCGAUCCCGGCUGCCCCACCGCCUGGUUUGAAUAUCCCAGUGCUGAACCUGGACCAACCGCCAAUGUCAUUAAAGUCCUCUAAACAGCCACCUGUGGCCCCUUCAAUUUCUUCGCCGAUAGACGUCCGCUCUCCACCAGAUGCGCGUCCUUCGCUCCCUGGUUCUAUGCCACCCCCUCCGCGGCCGAGUUCUCUUGCCAACAAGUCCGCCGGCUUGAUGCCACCACCGCCACGACCCUCUCUGCGCGCUCCACUUCGCCCACCUCCAUCCAGUGCAUCAUCCCUCCGCGUACCCCCUUCCCGCACACCUCCCACUAGCCGGCUAUCCAGCAGCACCCUCUCCCCAUUCGGCGUAUCCGGUGUGCCACAAAAAUCAUCCCGGCAAGUCGUCCUCGAGCCGGGCCAUUCCCCGCUUGACUGGGCCGCUUUGACUUCGAACCCGCGGAGUAAUCUUAGAGGUGAAAAUGUACCUCCAGGGCUCUUACGAGUGACGCCAUCUAUGCUGAAGGCCCAAAAUGGACGAAAGGGACGAGAUGCAUGGACGUCGUAUCAAGGAAAGGUUUAUAAUAUUACUCCGUACUUACCCUUCCAUCCCGGAGGUAAAGGAGAACUUCUAAGAGGCGUUGGAAAGGACUCAGAGAAGCUCUUUCUAGAAGUCCAUCCAUGGGUUAAUUGGGAUGGAAUGUUAGGGGAAUGUAUGGUGGGUAUCUUGGUCAGCGAAAACGAGCUGGCAGCACAGCCAGGAACUCUAGAUGAGAUGGAUUAG